CCUGCAGCUGGUAUGGUGGGGAGGACAUAGGUGGGGGAAUCUUAGGUAGUUGUCCUGUCCACAAGCACAUCUCUUGCUUAUUGUAAAGAUCAUGUUUAAACUCUUAAUCUUGCUGGUUGUGACACAACUUGGUUUUGGACAACAAAUAGCCAAACAAAAAUGUGAAGAAUACAAAGCCCUGGCCAGAGCUCACCAAGAUUCUUUGCAAUGCAAGGUCUUCAGUGAUGACAAGACUGGAGUCAUGAUACAGGCUCAUGAAUUUCCUGCAACGGGGAUGUUGGGGUUUGUGGCCCCCUCUGGUGAGGUGGUGUAUCUGUGCGAUGCCACACUCAUCAGUGACGACACUCUGCUUGCAGCUGGCCACUGUCUGAAGCAGAAGAACUUUGGCAGACCAAAAUGGGCUCGUUUGGGAGCGACACAUGAAACUCUUGGCGUUGAGGUACAAGUGAAAUCAGCUGAAUGCCAUGCCCAAUAUUACCCAGGCCAUGAUAUAGCUAUUAUAAAGCUCCAAGAAAAGCUCAAUUCGUCCUUUAUCCCAGCUUGCUUGGACACAGAAGGGGUUCUGGAAGGAACACGCGGAGUUGGUGUGGGACGACCCAUUGGUAGCGCUUAUAUUUCCUUACGAGAGAAAUGUCCGAUCAAGUCUCAUCUGGAAGUAAAACCAGGCAACGAGUGUGUGGAAACAUUUCCCCACCAGAACAUCAGCACAGAGGCCACCCUCUGCACUAAAGAUCCUGCUAGUGGCCCAGGAGAUUGCCUGAGUGGACCUCUGUACGUUUCAAGAGGACCUUGUGUGCACACUAUCGCUGGCUUGGCAUCGUUUGGCAGACCUUGUUACAAUGAGACAUCCACUGGUCGUACCCCAUCAGUCUACACCCGGGUGUCUCACUACAUACCCUGGAUAGAAUCUCUGACUUGGCCCACAACCCCUCCUACUGAUUGAGCACAAUGUUAAAAUGUUGCUUAAACAUCUGUUAUCAUUAUAUUAUAAACUGCAAUUAAUAUUGUGGUUAUCACUAAUCAUACAAUACAAUAAUAUAAAAAUAAAUUAGGAACCAA